AUGCCCACAUCACCGUGGCAUGAAAGACACAUUAAGAAUAAGGGCAUUAUGGCUCACAAUUAUCGGAGGUCAAGGCUUGCUAUGGGGCUUGUCAGAAACAGGAGAGGAAGAACACUGCCAACGGCGUCCAACAUGAGACAUUUGCUGGCAGUGACAUCCAACAACUAG